GUCGAAAUCGAUCCAUCGUCUACAGUUUCUCGCCUGAUUAAGGCAACCGAUAUCAAAAUGCCUCCCCGCGCCCCUUAUAUUGUGCCGGCGCUCAAGAAGCACACCGCGACGGUGAUCAUGGCCCACGGAUUGGGCGAUAGUGGUGCUGGAUGGAUGGCUCUCGCCCAGAACUGGCGCCGUCGCGGCAUGUUCGACGAAGUGGCUUUCAUUUUCCCGAAUGCGCCCAUGAUUCCCAUCACUGUGAACUAUGGAAUGAGCAUGCCGGGAUGGUACGACAUUUCCAAGCUGGGUCGUGAUUUGGACUUCGAGGAAGCCAUCCGCCACCAAGAUGAGCCGGGCGCCCUUCGCUCCCGCGAUUACUUCAACACCCUCAUCAAGGAGCAGAUCGAUCAAGGCAUCAAGCCCUCCCGGAUCGUCCUCGGAGGAUUCUCGCAGGGUGGAGCGAUGUCCCUCUUCACGGGUCUCACGAGCAAGGAGAAAUUGGGCGGAGUGUUUGGUCUCUCUUGCUACUUGUUGCUCCAUGAUCGGGUCAAGAACUAUAUUCCCGAGGACCAUCCGAACAAGAAGACGCCGUUCUUUAUGGGUCACGGCACGGAAGACGAGAUGGUCAAGCAUGAUUUCGGAAAGCAGUCGGCGAAGAUGCUGGAGGACCUUGGAUUGGAGGAUGUCAAGUUCCAUUCGUACCCUGGCCUCGGCCACUCUGCGGACCCGGCUGAGAUUGAGGAUCUGGAAAAGUUCCUGGGCAAGGUCAUUCCUCCGGAGGAGGCUGCCUCUGGGUUAUGACUUGGUCAUGACAGCGGGGCACUGGCCGGGCCAUCAUCGGCUACCCCCGUCACAUAUGGAAUCUUUCUGGGCAUUGUUGUAUUGGUAAUUGCGGUUUUGAUGUCGAGGUUCGGCUCGAGAGAGAAACGAGCUGCACCGAUGAAGCAGGAUUGAACAUACAUUUGCUUUUGGUUUCUUUGAGAUGUCUAAGCGAUAGAUCAAUAUCCAUGUGUUGAUGGGAUCUAGUAGCCAUCUAAUCUUCACCUCUCUAACACUUGAUACGAAUCUAUUGCCCGGUCAAAGCCCGCUGAA